ACACACACAAAGUUUCGUCAUAGGAUAGUUGGUCGCUGUGCUGAAAAUCUUCCAGAACCUGUUCCUGACCUACGCUCCUAAGCACAGAUCUAGGAUCAGCUCAUCCUCAUCAAAUCCAAACCAAGACCUUAUUAAACCACAAGGGGAACACUAACCUCAGACCAGCGUUUAAACCCCAUGUCUUCCUGCCAAGACACUGACACUCCUUCCAGAAUUCCUCUGCGCUCCAGCCGUCCAUCCAUCCAUCCAUCCAGCCGUCCAUCCAUCCAUCCAUCCACACCCCAGCCAGCCAGCCAUGGGUCUGAUGGGCGAGGACAUGGAGUGCUGUGUCUGCCUCCAGCCCUACUCUCGCAGGGAGAAGAUCCCUCGGAUGCUCCACUGUAAGCACACAUUCUGUGGGCUGUGCUUGCAGGCGAUGUCCAGGCUCCAAAGCGGCCUACUGACAGUCUGCUGCCCCCUGUGCCGUUGGAUCACCUGCACCGAGCCCAGCCUCACCCUGCCGGGGUCGCUGUGGAUUAACACUGAGAUCUGGGACCAGAUACUAGACAGACAACAGGAAGAGGAGGAGGAGGAGGAAGAGUGGAAGGGAGCUAACAGACAGACUCGGACCACUACACAGUACAGUUGUUCUCCAUCAAGGCAUUGUGGCCUGAGGCUCAAACUGCAGAAUUUCCUGAGGAGGAUGAAGCACAAUGUACUGUAAACCGAGAAGACGAACAGCAGAGAGAAAGAAGCCUGGAUUUUCCCAUUUCAGAGCAGGAGAGACUUAUUGAGUAAUGAAGCUAAUUCACAAAACAGGACCGACCGGUGAUUUUCCAUAAUGAAGCAAGAUUGAACCAAUUAUUCAUAUGCUUUGUGUUUGAUUGACUUUGGGAAUGUGUAAUGUUCUCAGUCGACUUACCUGGUAAAAUAAGGGUUAAAUUAUAAUAUUAAUAAUAAAGGAUGGAUAGGUGGAGUAAAUAAAAAAUAAGAUAUUAAAUGGAUUGAGGAAGAAAGAAAGAUAAAGGAAGUUAUGGACAGACAGACAGACAGACAGACAGACAGACAGACAGACAGACAGACAGACAGACAGACAGACAGACAGACAGACAGACAGACAGAUAGACAGAUAGACAGAUAGAUAGAUAGAUAGAUAGAUAGUGUACAUUGUUAAAACACUGUAUAUAUAUAUAUAUAUAUAUAUAAUAUGACAUUUGUAAUGUCUUUAUUGUUUUGAACCUUCUGUAUAUGUGUAAUGUUUACGGUUAAUUUUUAUUGUUUAUUUCACUUUAUAUAUUCACUUUAUAUAUUAUCUACCUCACUUGCAUUGGCAAUGUUAACACAUGUUUCCCAUGCCAAUAAAUCCCCUUGAAUUGAAUUGAAUUGAUAGAGGGGUGAAGGUUAGAGACUGUGUGCUGUACAAUGUGUGCUGUGGACAAUACAAUAUGCUGUGAACAAUGUUUAUAAUAAUGUUUAAUGAUUUGAUAAAAGGUGUAUUACUGCGUGAAGGGAAGUGGAGGUUUAGUAUUUAUUAUGACAUCAUUUUAGAACAGCUUUAAUGUUGCAGAUUGUUUCUUUUAUCAAUGUAAUUGUCUGCAUCAUUUCCAGUCCCCCAAACCAGGGAUGUUGGAUUAGUUUAUCCUCAUUGUACAUGUUUAAUUCAUCUGUUCUGUUUGAAGAGCAGGUUUUUUAUACUGGAAUUAGAUUUAUUGGUUAAUAAAUACAUCCACUU